GCUCUCACAGAUGUGAUAAAUGUGACGUCGCAUGUGCAAACUGCGAGGGCCCUUCAUCUUCGGACUGUAUUUCCUGCUCUUCUGGCUUUCAGAUGAUGAACGGCCGCUGUGAGGAUAUAAACGAAUGUAGUGCUGACAGUCAAUAUUGCAGAGAAGAUGGAGAGUACUGUCGGAACACAAUUGGAAGUUUUGAAUGCGCUUGUAAAAGUACUCAUAUAAAAAAAGGCGACGUAUGUGUACCCAAACCAACAUCUAAGCAAAAAGAAGCAGCCUUUGCUGUGAUAAAUCAGCUCCCAUCGCUCAUACAUAAGCGGUUCUAUAAUUUAUAUUAUCUGAAAUGGAUGACAGGUGGCAAUCGGAAUGGAUAA